AUGACGUAACUGCGCAGUUGGCUAGAGAUGGCGGCACCCGAGAAGGAAGAUACAGCUGUAUGUCUGUCAACUGCCGACGCGGAUCCACCAAUUCCUUACUACGUGGCGGAGCUCCUGGAAGAAGAGGUGGGCGAAGAUGUGAAGGACCUGAAGAAGGUGCGAGGGCUGCUGGAUAAAGCAAUGCGGGAGAAAGCUGCACUGGAAAAGCAGGUGAUCAGUGUCUCAUCAUCCGUACCAUUGAAGAUGGAAAAGGCUCUUUCUGAAGCUGAUAGAGCACAGCAAACUCUGGGGAAUAUUGUGGAGCAGGAGAGGUGCUUGGCAAACUGCAUUGUGCAGCACUUGCAGAUCUCACAGCCUUGGAUGGACCAGCUUAGCCUUUUGAUGGGUCAGAUUGAAGAGACUGAGCGCUGCCUUGCUUACCUCCGCUGGAUCUCGCGUGUUGAAGAGCUUAGUGAUACAAUUCAGCAACACAUGAUGACCAGCAACAUCUCGGAGGCAGCAAGUGGUUUGGUGGCCCUUGCAGAGCUUGACAUUCGUUUGCAGGAAUCUAGCUGCACCCAUCUCGUGUCCUUCAUUAGAGACACAGUCCGUUUUUGGCACAAGAUCCUCAAGGAUAAGUUGAGCAGUGACUUUGAGGAAGUUCUGAAGCAGAUGCACUGGCCUUUUGUCUCCAUGACACAGACAUCGUUGACUACCCCAGCAAAUAUGAUGGAGCUCACAACCCAGCUGGAGGCACUAUGCACUCAGCUUCACAAACUGCAGACAUCAGAUGACUUGAUUUCAGAACAGAGGUUGUUCCCAGAGAGGUAUGGUUUACCACCAUCUGCACCUAUCAGCCUGCCAAUUCAGAUUAUGCUGCAGCCACUAAUUAAGCGUUUCCGCUACCACUUUUUUGGCUCUCGGCAGACUAAUGUCCUUCACAAGCCUGAGUGGUACCUGACACAGGUGCUCAUGUGGAUCACAAACCACUCUCAGUUCCUAGAAGAGAGAGUGCAACCCCUUUUGGAUAAAGUUGGUGCAGCAGUUGAUGCCCGGCUUGAGUUCUCACGGGGACUGCUGGACUUGGUACUAGAGAAACUGGCCCAGGAUGUUCCCCGACUACUUUAUGAUGAUGCACUGUUUUGCCACUUAGUGGACGAAGUGCUUCUUUUUGAGAAAGAACUGCAUGGAACGCAUGCCUAUCCCAGCACCCUCCCUGGUGCGCUGCAUAUCUUGGCUGAUGAGACUAUCUUUCAGAAGUGGGUCUCUGUUGAGCGGAAGUUUGCGCUUGAGAAGAUGGAUUCCAUGCUGUCUUCUGAAGUAGCUUGGGUAUCUCAAUAUAAGGAUAUCAGUGAUGUUGAUGAACUGAAGGCACCUGACUGUGCUGAGACCUUCAUGACUAUGUUGCUCGUCAUUACAGAUCGUUACAAGGCACUGCCAACUGCUCGCUGUAAGCUCUGCUUCUUGGAACUGCAGAAAGAACUGGUGGAUGACUUCCGUAUUCGGCUCACACAGGUUAUGAAGGAGGAGAGCCGCAAUCCCCUGUCUCCACGCUACUGUGCUAUCCUUAAUGCAGUCAACUAUAUUGCUACUGUAUUGUCUGACUGGGCUGACAAUGUGUUCUUCCUACAGUUGCAGCGGAUGUCACUAGAGCUAGGCAGUGAGUUGGCCUCUUUGAGUGCUCUGCAGACAGGUAGGCUGGCAUCGAUGGAGGGCUCAGUCUUUGAUGAAAUGAUAAGCCUGUUAGAGCGGCUCCGGAGUGACAUGAUGGGAAGACUUGUGGAGUUUGUCCUUCGGGAAACCAAGGAGGCUGCUAGGCCUUACUGCAAGGAAAGGUGGUUGUCUUUACCUUCUCAAUCAGAGCAGGCUGUUAUGUCACUGUCCAGCUCUGCUUGUCCCAUGAUGCUGUGUCUACGCGAUCACAUGCUGCAGCUGCAGCAGUCACUCUGCAUCUCUCUUUUUAAGACCUUCUGGCAGGCACUAGCAGAAAAGCUGGAUAUGUUCAUCUACCAAGAGGUAAUCCUGGCCAAUCACUUUAAUGAUGGUGGGGCUGCUCAGCUCCACUUUGACAUGACAAGGAACCUCUUUCCUCUCUUUGGUCACCAUUGCAAGAGACCUGAAAACUACUUCAAGCAAAUAAAGGAGGCUUGCAUUAUUUUGACACUCAGUGUGGGAUCAGCUCUGCUUCUACGUGAUCUUCUCAGAGAGGACAGGGGAGUGCAGGGUGCAGCUUUACCCAGUGAACCUUCCCCCGUGGCUGCACUUAAUGAGUUGGGCAUUUAUCGGCUGGCAGCUAGUGACAUUACAAUCCUGCUCAAUCUUCGGACUAACUGGCCAGGAAAAUAAGUACACUUGAACAGUUCAGGUUUGUGGUUGCUGUGUUCCUGUAGAAGUGCACUGUUUAAUGCUGGACUAGAAAUAAAGACAAUGAGGCACUCUAAAGUGUCAUCCAGAAGAAUGGACUGAACCAAUAUACAGCUAAGUGACGGGUAUAAGCAGGACAUACAAAAAAUCAGGCUUUUUACCUUUUUCAAAAAGAGGAAAGAGGGGACACCAUCUUCAAAAGACUAAAAAAGCUAAUGUUUGUUUCUGAUGUAAUAAAGAGUCAGAGAAAU